CAGUAGAAGACCGCUCGCUCACCAUAAAUCAGAAGGAAUCGCACGACGACCCUGCUUUAGGCAGCUCCGCUUUACAACUGACAGAUGCUGUAGCACAAGAGAAACCUGUCAAAGGCACAGAUGAAGCAAAGAAGUUCACCCCUGGUGGUGAAGUUGCGCAAGUCGAUAAAAUUAAAACCGCGGAUGAUAAAGUGGCGGAGCUGCCGGGUAAAACAGUGGAAAAGUCAAGUGAAGACUGCGAAAAGGAAUCGCGCGGCCAGGC